GACUUCAUUUUAUGGCAGAUUCAGGCACUUUUUGGACAUCAUUGAUCCGCGCACUCUGUUUGUUACUGAGAGUCGUCUGAAGGAAGCCGUGCAGUUGUUGGAGGAUUACAAACAUGGGACUUUGCCCCCGGGAGUCACCAACAAAGAGCUGUGGGGAGCUCAAAAAAUAAAGCAGGCCAUCAUCCACCCCGAUACAAACGAGACCAUCUUCAUGCCUUUCCGAAUGUCAGGUUACAUUCCCUUUGGAACACCCAUCGUUGUUGGUCUUCUCUUGCCCAACCAGACGCUGGCAUCCACGGUGUUUUGGCAGUGGUUGAAUCAGAGCCACAACGCCUGCGUCAACUAUGCAAACCGCAACGCGACAAAGCCUUCUCCGACAUCCAAGUUCAUCCAGGGCUACUUGGGAGCUGUCAUAAGUGCUGUCUCAAUAGCAGUGGGCCUUAAUGUUCUGGUUCAGAGAGCAAACAAGUUUACCCCCGCCACUCGUCUCUUGAUCCAGAGGUUUGUGCCAUUCCCUGCUGUCGCUAGUGCCAAUAUCUGCAAUGUUGUCCUGAUGAGGCACACGGAGCUGGAAGAAGGAAUUGAUGUUUUGGACAGUAACGGAAACAUUGUCGGGUCUUCCAGAAUUGCUGCAAAACACGCACUGCUAGAAACGGCCCUGACUAGAGUGGUCCUGCCAAUGCCUAUACUGGUUCUACCUCCAAUUAUUAUGUCCAUACUGGAAAAAACAUCAUUCCUGAGGUCCCGUCCCCGGAUGAUUCUCCCAGUCCAAAGCCUUGUGUGCCUCGCUGCCUUUGGCCUGGCCCUCCCCUUGGCCAUCAGUCUCUUCCCGCAGAUGUCCGAGAUCGAGACAUCUCGGCUGGAGCCAGAAAUCGCGAUGGCCACCACCAGUAAGACUGUAGUCUACAACAAAGGAUUGUAAGUGGAAGCGGACAAUCUCAGCCCAGAAGAUUUGGGG